AUGGCGGCGCGCCCAGCUGGAAGAGCUUGGAUCCAGCGCGUGCAGACCUGGUGCUGCUUCCUGGGCCUUCUGCUGUGUUGGUUACAAAAUCGACCGCCUCGAAUGGCCAUCCUGGCAUCCGGCUUGAAGCCGCAGCGAUUCUCCGAGCAUGCCAACUGGCUUUUACCCGGGCACCUCAUGAUUGGCCGAUAUCCAUACCUGAAUCCGGUCUAUUGCACAUCUCAGAGGGAAGCUGUCGAACAGCUGCAUGGCUUGCUGAAAGUGGGCAUCACCACCUUCGUUUGCUUGCAGACUGAGAUACCACCACAGGUUGGCCCUGCAUCAGAAGAGUGGCCGGCUGACGGGGUGCCGGUGACGGGUUUCCCUGGACGUUUUCUGCCGUAUGCAGCAAAAGCCCAGAGCUUGAUGCCCGACCUCCAGUUCAUGCACUGCCCCAUACAGGACUUGAGCACACCACGGUCACGGGAAUUGUCUGAAUUGGUCGGAGAACUUAUGCAACGAAUGGAGGCCAACGAGGUCAUAUACUUACAUUGCUGGGGUGGCCGAGGGCGAAGUGGCGUUGUGGCGGCCUGUCUGCUGGGAAGCAUGUUCGGCGAGAUGACUGCCGCGGAAUGCUUGGAAAUGGUGCAAUGCGGUUACAGUUCGAGGGGCAGCAAAGCUGAUGUCGGGGCAUUGGCCAAGUCUCCGCAGACAGACGAGCAGAGGCAAUUUGUGAAGCUAUCUGUGUGGCAAUUUCCAGCUAUUGACUUUCAAGACAUGCGGCAACAACAGAGAGCCCUCCAAGACCUGAAGUUCCAGUUUGAGCGUAGCUUGAACCAAUUGGCAGAGCAGCUCCAGGAGGUGGUGAGAUCCCACAGCCGUCUUCAGACCGAGAUCAAUGCAGCACAGGCUCGUCCGCAUGUCGAGCCUGGCUACAGCAGCGCUUUGAGGACGCUGACUGGCAAUGUGGAAGACCUGAAAAGCUUGAUGGAGCACUCGCCUCUACACGGAAGAAAUCGGAUUGACAGCCAGGCUGCAGGCGCGGGCGGUGCAGCCUCGCCUCAGACGCUCAGGCCAACAACUUCCCCAGCAGCCUCGAGCACUGGCGCCUUCCACUUCAGUGCACAGGCCUUCUGCGCCAAGUGCGGAAGCCAACAUGCAGCAGACGAGAUCUUCUGCCGCAAGUGUGGGCAUAAGCGAGAACAGGCUUCCGCGCAGGAAGCCGCAUUGGUCGAGGUAGAGCUCACCGACAUCAACAUCAUAGUCUUUGUUCCAGCAGGAUUCCGGCUUGCUGAUCUGGCUUCUGCAGGUGCUUCCAUCAGGAAUUUGCGGACCGCUGGAUUCACUGACGUCGCAUCCGUGGUCGCAUUGCGAAAACGAGGGGUGCAAGCGUGGAAGCUGAAACUUGGCGGCUUCACGCUGUCAGACCUGCGCAGUGCAGGCUACUCCAGUGCAGAGCUCCGCCUGGCUGGCUUCUCAAGCGCAAGUCUCGUGGCCCUGGAGAAGUGCCGCGCGUGGAAUCUGUGCAAAGCGAACGCAGCAGAUGAGGAGCAGCCGAACUAA